AUGGCCACCAAACUGCAGCGAUCACACCAGACUACAGCUAUCACACCAGCCUACAGCUAUCAACCAGCCUACAGCCAUCACACCAGAUUACAGCUAUCACACCAGCCCAGCCAUCACACCAGACCACAGCCAUCACACCAGCCUACAGCUAUCACACCAGCCUACAGCCAUCACACCAGACUGGCUAUCACACCAGCCUACGCUAUCACACCAGACUACAGCCAUCACACCAGCUGGCCAUCACACCAGACUACAGCUAUCACACCAGCCUACAGCUAUCACACCAGCCUACAGCUAUCACCCCAGACUACAGCUGCGACACCAGACUACAGCCAUCACACCAGCCUACAAGCCAUCACACCAGCCUAUAGCAACACACCUACAGCCAUCACACCAGCCUACAGCUAUCACACCAGCCCACAGCCAUCACACCAGACAGCUAUCACACCAGCCUACAGCCAUCACACCAGCUUCACAGCUAUCACACCAGCCUACAGCUAUCGCACCAGACUACAGCUAUCGCACCAGCCACAGCUAUCGCACCAGCCUACAGCCAUCACAAGGCUACAGCCAUCACACCAGGCUACAGCUAUCACACCAGCCUACAGCCAUCACACCAGAUUACAGCCAUCACACCAGCCUACAGCUAUCACACCAGAUUACAGCUAUCACACCAGACCACAGCCAUCACACCAGACUACAGCCAUCACACCAGACUACAGCUAUCACACCAGACUACAGCUAUCACACCAGCCUACAGCUAUCACACCAGCCUACAGCUAUCACACCAGCCUACAGCUAUCACACCAGCCUACAGCUAUCACACCAGCCAGCCAUCACACCAGCCCACAGCCAUCACACCAGCCUACAGCUAUCACACCAGACUACAGCUAUCACACCAGCCUACAGCUAUCACACCAGCCCACAGCCAUCACACCAGCCUACAGCUAUCACACCAGCCUACAGCCAUCACACCAGACUACAGCUAUCACACCAGACUACAGCUAUCACACCAGACUACAGCUAUCACACCAGACUACAGCUAUCACACCAGACUACAGCUAUCACACCAGACUACAGCUAUCACACCAGACUACAGCAUCACACCAGACACAGCCAUCACAACCUCCAGCCAUCACCAGACUACAGCUAUCACACCAGACUACAGCUAUCACACCAGCCUACAGCUAUCACACCAGCCUACAUUUAUCACACCAGCCUACAGCUAUCACACCAGCCUACAGCUAUCACACCAGCCUACAGCUAUCACACCAGCCUACAGCUAUCACACCAGCCUACAGCUAUCACACCCGCCAGCCAUCACACCAGCCUACAGCCAUCACACCGGCCUACAGCUAUCACACCGGCCCACAGCUAUCACACCAGCCUACAGCUAUCACCACCAGCCUCACAGCUAUCACCAACGCUACAGCUAUCACACCAGCCUACAGCUAUCACACCAGCCUACAGCUAUCACACCAGCCUACAGCCAUCCACAGCCAUACACCGUUACAGCUAUCACACCAGCCUACAGCUAUCACACCAGCCUACAGCUAUCACACCAGGAAACCGGAUGUGGAGAGACAAGUACCUAUUUGUUGCUUGAAUCUGUUGUACAGCUUAGUCAUCUGUAAUAUAUCUUGUGACCAUAUUGAUAAACUGUAA